GACAUUUCACAAUUGUUCGUAGUUUGAUGUUAUACUCACGUUUUGUUUUGUAUAAAUUAUGAAUAAAUAAAGUAUCUCAGUAUUCUAUUAAGAAAUAAACUCAUAAGAUGAAAUAUAAUUAUAAGUUUCAAAAUUUACUUGGGACGGUGUACCGACGUGGAGAUAUAUUAUUUACUAACGAUGGCAACUGUGUUAUUAGUCCAGUUGGCAAUAAAAUAACAGUGUAUAAUCUCAAACAGAAUAAAAGCAACACGCUGCCUGUUGAGAGUCAUUUUAAUUAUACAGCAACCGACAUAUCUCCAAAUGGAUCAGUUUUAUUGGCAAUUAAUGAACAGGGUGAAGCUCAAAUGAUAAGCCUGAUAACAUGCACCGUAAUACAUAGAUACAAGUUCAAGCAACGUGUGAAUUCUGUUAAAUUCAGCCCCGACGGACAGCAUUUUGCGGCUUGCUGUGAUGAUACAGUAUUCAUCAUGACCGCACCCAGCGUGUUCACGGGAGAAUAUAGGUCCUUCAUAAUGAAACGGGUCUUCAAGAAAGCCCACGACGAAGUAACUUGCUUGGACUGGUCGUCUUGCGGUAAAUUGCUAGCCGCUGGCUCCAAAGACACAACAACGAAAAUCUACACCGUCGAAUAUUUAGAUAACUUAAAUAUGUAUUCGUUAAGUGGGCACACGGAUAAGAUAGUCGGUGUUUUCUUCGAGAUGAAGAGUCUAGAUCUUAUAACGGUCAGUAGGAACGGCCAGGUAUGUUUGUGGGAUGCGAACAUUGAUCCCGAUGAUCUGGUGGUAUCCGAGGUUCAGAUAUCGCAUCAGAAGAGGAGAAAGAUUAAGAAAGAGGAAGAAUUGAUUGAUGAUGAUAUCAAUGAGAAGGAUGAUAUUGAAAAAGAUAAGGAAUAUGAGAGCGAUAAAGAUGAAGAAAUGGAAGAAGCUGAAGUGAAGGACGAAGCAAAAAGAAUGCUUUACAAGAAACUAGGCCGGCACUAUAUAGGGGAUGAGAUACGAAAUGCACAUCAUAAAGUAAAGUUAACAGCCGCCCAAUAUCAUAAGGCUACGAAAAUUUUGGUCACUGGUUUUUCAAACGGCAUUUUCUUCCUGCACGAGAUGCCGGAUGUAAAUCUGAUUCACACCCUUAAUAUAUCGGAGCACAGGAUCAGUAGUGUGGCGAUGUCCACACAGGGCGACUGGAUCGCGUUCGGCUGUCCCAAUAUUGGUCAAUUGCUUGUUUGGGAAUGGCAAAGUGAACAAUACGUCCUAAAGCAGCAGGGUCACUCGCUGGACAUGACCUGCGUGGCCUACUCUCCGGAUGGUCUGCACCUGGUCACCGGCGGCCACGACGGCAAAAUCAAAGUGUGGAACACGACAAGUGGUUUCUGCUUCGUCACGUUCAGUGAGCACAAGUCGACGGUCACCGAUAUUGUGUUCAGUGCAAAUAAGAAGUUCUUUGUGUCCUCGUCGCUAGAUGGCACCGUGAGAUGCUACGAUUUGACUAGGUACCGCAACUUCCGAACGUUCACGUCGCCAAGUCUGGUGCAAUUCAGCUGCGUGGCGAUAGACUCCAGCAGCGAGCUGGUGGCCGCCGGCGGACAGGACGUGUUCGAGAUAUUCAUAUGGUCCGUUAAGUUUGGGAAACUUUUGGAGGUGCUAGGUGGUCACGAAGCGCCCGUAUCCAGUGUAUCAUUCAGCCCCAAUCUAUCUAGCUCCAGACUGGCCUCAGCAUCCUGGGACAAGACUGUGAAACUGUGGAACUCGAUCGAGAGCAGUUCUGAUUGCGAAACUUUGAGGAUGACUAGUGAUGUCCUACAAGUGACCUUCCGACCCGAUGGGGAUGAGAUAGCGGUAUCCACACUAGACGGGUGUAUAACAUUCUUUAAUGUGACCACAUGCGACCAGACCGGCAGUAUAGAGGGCAGGAAUGACCUGGGGUCAGGGAGGGCGGAUACUGACCUUAUCACCGCCGAGAAGAUGUUGAAGACCAAAGCGUUCACGACAAUAUGCUAUUCAGCUGAUGGAUCCUGCAUAUUGGGCGCCGGGAACUCUAAACACAUUUGCCUGUACAGUGUGAACGAGGCGGUUCUCAUCAAGAAGUUUGUCAUCACACAGAAUAGAUCUUUGGAUGCUAUUAGUGACGUUAUAAACCGUCGCUACCUCACGGAGUUCGGCAACAUGGCGCUAGUGGAGGACCGCAGCUAUUUGGAGGGCGGUGAAGUGAAUAUACGUUUGCCGGGCGUGCAGGCGGGCGAUAUGGCGGAGCGGAGGGUUAAACCUGAGGUGCGUGUACACUGCGUGCGUUUCUCGCCGACCGGCGAGAGCUUCGCCGCGUGCGCAACCGAAGGCCUGCUACUGUACAGUCAAACCGCUGGAAUGGACGGCACUUUCAGGCCGUACCGUCUCGAAACGGGGUCAACACCGUUAGCUGUGAAAUCCCUCCUGGAGAAGAAAUCUUGGGGUCCGGCGCUGGUAUGCGCGUUGCAGCUAAACGAACAUACAAUCAUACAGGAGUGCGUUGAGUCUGUGCCCGCUGGUGAUAUCGAUCUCACAGUGGCCAGUCUUGAAGAAGACUACAGCCAUCGACUGCUAACCUCAAUAUCUAGACUGCUAGAAGACACUAGACAUAUAGAACAUGCGCUGAUGUGGGUCCGGGCUUUGAUACAAAAGGGGAAGAAGGUCCCAGUGCCAACCUUACUGGCCUUGGAGAAAGUGCUUACCGUCAAGUAUGGACAGUUGAGUAAGAUAUGUGAUUUUAACAAAUAUACGAUUCGCUGCAUCAAGACGGUUGGAGAGAUAAUGCCAAAGGAAGAUGUUGAAAUGGACAGUGAUGGUGACCAGUCCAGCGGUAGAGGGACUUUCUCUGAUUCUGAAUAAAUUUUUUUAAUCAUA